AUGCAAACAAAAGUCAACUGGAAGAACAAAAGUGUUGAGGUCAGGAGCCUUGCUCUGGGAUUGGUUACAAUGAAAACCUUUCUGGCCUUAGGAGUCCUGUGCCUACUUUUCUGCCUGGCUUGGGUCCAAGAAAAACAAGUGGACACAAGGUGUACUGAAAAUGUGCUCUGGGUGUUUGUGAAGAAAGAUCUGUUUGGUGAUGGUGUGCUCGUGCAAGCUGAAGAGCUGAAGCUUGGAACAGGCUGUCCAGUUACUACUGAGCUACCAGAUAAGUUUGAGCUACAAUACUUAGUGAGAUACUGUGGGAUCAAGAAAAUGGUAAGAGAUGAUAACGUGGGCAGUCACAUGUUGAAUCCACUCCAUUGUCUUUCUGGACCUGUUGCCUUAUAAUAUACAAAUCCAAGUGGAAAACAAACUGGUUUCUACUAAAGAAUUAUGGUUAUGAAGGCCUGGGGGCAAUCAGAACAAGAGAUGAAGAGUCAGUGUC